AUGUUACGAAUCCUCGACUCACUGCGGCGAACCAAGCCACCCACCACCACCGUGACGGCUUCACCACCACCAUCACCGACGGAGGACAUCACUAUUGUUCUUUUAGCGGCCGUCGAAGAAGAAUAUGAUGAAGCCACAACCAUGACACCAACCGCAAAGGUCACGACAAUGGCGCCUGCCAUUACCAACAUCAUCACCAUUACCGAACAGCCAACCCUCAAUGGCAAGGCCUUGUCCUCGGCAGAGAUGAUGGCGCCAUCAUCAGUAGCCAUCAUUGUCGUUCUGAACACAGUGUUACCACCACCACCAAUCACUAUUGUGGUGGACACGAAGAUUACAAUGAGCUCGGUAGAGUCGGUAUCGUCAUGCGCGGAGGAGGAUAAAUCGUAUCUGAAAGUUGGUGACACCUCUCAGGUGAAUUUCUAG